AUGCGGCGCAUAUUUUUCUCGUUUAUACUAUCUCUUUCGCUCCUCUUCAUCUUCUACAAAACCAAGCACAUCGGAGACUACACCAGUCGAGUUGCCACGCCUGGAUUGGACCCGGGGAAGCAUAUAACUGUAUCCCGCACAAAACCCGACCGAUUUCGUCCCCUCAGACUGACAGAAUGCACUGACUCAACCCCCGGAUACUAUGCACCAUGUAUGGCUCGGACACUACGGAAUGUAGUAUCCGCUGAGGAGCUGAUCUACCCUGCCUUUACCAUAAGCCCUCCAAUAUUCGCUACAUCCCGUCCUCGCGAUGCAGAACGGUGGUGGAACACGACGUGGAUGAUGUGGGAACGGGCUUAUGAGAUGAAAGGUCGAGUGCGUUAUCCUGAAAAGCACGGUCAGAUAUAUGUAUUUGAAAAUGUUACCUUAUCUCCCUCUACACCCUUCGACAAAUGGAUCAUGCAAGCCUGUAUGUCCGGCCUCGCCACAACCUCUCAUGUUGUACCUAGCAGCGACGAGCCCACUCAUGACAGCGUGCUGCUGGCAAACUUCCCAGACUCGUGGUCGAUGCAGCACUUUCUCGACCGUGGCAUGCGGGCAGUGGCUCAGUCGCGGGACCACCAGACCAAAUACGUAGCUACUGGACGCGAGGGACACAAUUCCGUUGAGGAGUUUUGGUCAUACCUCGGAUAUCCCGCAGACCAGGUGCUCCAUAGCGAUACAAGCUUUGUCGCAUCGCAGCUUAUAUGGAGUUGUCGUGCACCGCUUAUCCAUCCGUGGCUGACACAGAGAUCUCUUUCUCUCCUCAGUCCUGAUAGUCUUCAGCCAGUGGAAAAGGCAGAUCGCAAAAUAAUUCUAUACAUGACGAGAUCGAACGGACUGAUCCUCAAUGCUGGCAGAGAAGUCCUUAACGAGGAUAUUCUCCUGGCAGAUAUCCAAUCACUUCUCGAUAAGAGAGGGAAAAGAGAAGAACUUAAAGUCUUCAACCACAAGGAUUUCCCCAGCACUGACGCGCUGAUGCGCUACGUUCAUCAAAACGUGAAAGCAGUGAUUGGUCCUCACGGAAGUGCUCUGCAUAAUUAUUUCUGGGCUGCAGAGGAUACGCUGUUGAUCGAAUUUAUGCCCACGUCCAGACCGGACUUUGCUUUCUAUGAGGCCGCAAGCAUGCGGGAUCAACCAUAUGCGGUACUGAUGAUAGAUCCGGUGGAUGAUCAGCAUAACAUGGAGGUGGAUGUACCUGCUGUGCUCGAAAUCUUGUCGGAGAGGUUGGACCAGCCUCUGGAAAUGGGGGAGCGACUGAAAGUAGCGUAUGAUUGGGAGGCGGAAGAGCUGGGAGUCAAUUAG